AUGGGCGAAGAUCCUGUAGAAGACGUCCGGCGCUACCUGGCACGUGAUGAAAGCCGGGAAAAGGAGCAAUUUACGGCCUCACUGGAAGGGAAAAGCUCUGAGGAGCUUUUGGCCCUUCUCAAGUCUCGAAGAAAUGUGGAUGCCGGGGAGAGCAGUGCGUAUUGCACUGGGAGCUCUAUAAGAAGUGAAUAUGGAAGCGGUGUCGCUGUGAAAUCGGAAAGCGAUGUGAAGAAUACUCCGCCUGUGAAAAAGAAACGGCAGGCCGAGGAUGCGGUAAGUAGCAUGACGAGCACAGAGAAACUGGUGGAGAUUAGUAGGGUAGAAACAAGUCGCGAUGAACCGCUGCCAUUAAGAAACGAAAGUCCAAAGAGCAUCCAGGGUGAGCACACUGCAGCGUGGCAGGCAGUGCGUUCAGGAGUUAUUGUCACGGAGGAAGAACUAGAGGAAGUCCGGCAAGAGAUGCUUAUGCAAGAACGUCUGUUAAAAGCCUUGGAAAAGGACAAUGCAAAUCUUCAUGAGGAGCGGCGGGUAUUGCGUGCAAAAUUGAACGAGAUGGAACAAAAAGCAGUGAGCGUCGAGGCCAAAUACAGUAUUUUGGCGAGUGGUCGAGGUCCUAAUUCCCGCGUGGGCCAACCUGUACCGCCAAUUGCCAUUGUUUCUACGGAAAGGGAGCAAAAGUGCAGCCAAGACGAAUUGCGUAUGGAGUUAGAACAUCAGAAAACGGUAGUGCGGGAAUUGCAGCUGGAGUUAGAGUUGAUUCGACGCGAGAAAAAAGAUCUCGAGACACGUUUAGCCGCUCUUGACAUCAAGAAAUUUGAAGAGAUGGAGUUGGAGGUUCGCAACUUGCGCGUAGAUUUAAAGCGCAAAGAGACGGAACACAAUGAGACCGUGAAGGAUAUGGCACGGAAGAUUGCAUGGUAUGUGGAGCAUCAGGAGUUUAACCAUUCCCAGGAGGAACUACUAAAGGAACAACAAGACACCAUCCACCGUCUUCGUGCUAGACUACAUGAGACGGGGGCCAUAGAUGACGAGGGAAAACGUAAGCGUGUUGGGAAAGAUGCACGUGUGAAGUAUCUCACCAAGCGUGUGGUAGAACUGGAAGAGGCACUUAACCAGAAACACCCGAACAGCAUUGCGCAACUAAUUCGAAGUUGUCAACCCUCCGUGCAGGAUUCAAAGCAGUUUAAGCAACUCAAUCUGAAAAUAAAGGAAUUGGAGGAGGCCCUAGUAGAAAAAGACCGUUGUGCUGAGGCGGCGGUCACCCGCUUGAGGGUGGAAACGGAUCGAAUAAAAAUUCAAUAUCAAGAAAAGAUUGAGAAGCUCGAGGACGAGCUUAAGCUUCGCUUAAUGCAUGCACAAACGCGAAGGGUUCGCGAGUUGGAAAAGCAACUAGCGGAGGUAAGAGAAGCCUUGAGGGAAAGAGAUCAGGAAAAAACAUCACCCGUGCCAGAAGUAGAGAAAUCGGCUAGUGCUGGUGCUUGCUUACUCGAAAACAGUGCUGCCGCUCCAGCUCUGCCGGAGAAAACAAAGUUAUUCAUGGGAGCGGCACAAAAGGGAGUAUCUAGCCAGGUAGAAGAAGCCAUUUCGUCUCUCCGCAAGGAGAAUGACACUCUGAAAAGUCAGUUGUCACAAGUCACACAUGAAGCAACACAGAAACCUAUUGCAGUCUCACCACCGCUGGAAAAGGGGGAAGACACCUUUUCAUCUCAUGUUAUUUCAAGCAUGCAGGCCCAGAUAAGUACUCUUACUGCCGAGUUGGCGGUGUACAAAAGAUUGCUUAUGGAGAGUCAAGAGUCCCUCCGCGACUCAAAUACACGCUGGGAAGAGCGCCUAGGAACUGCAAGGCAAGAGUAUCAGCAACAAAUACAACAUAUACGACAGGAGCACAAUGAUGACAUCAAACGAAUUCAAGAGAACCACCAGCGGGAGAUGAGGACCAUUGCCGAGCAGCAGCAAAAUUUACAGGAAGCCUCAUGGGCCUGUCAAAAAGCUGCCCAAAUCCCGCUUGAGAAUCCACGACAGGGUACUGCUUUUCUCCAGAGUGUUGCGGAACGACUGGCAUACCUGGAACUUCGUCAGCUGCAGAAGGAGCGUGAGGCCGCCCACGAGAUUUUGGAAGUUAAGCGUGUGGCCGAUUUUGAACUCACCUUGGCGAAGCAGAAAACUGAAAUGUUGAUUGAACAAAAGAACCAACAGAUUCAAGAAUUUAGGCUGCAGUUGGACCAGCUGCUCGCCAGCCUUGCUCUUCUGCAUUCCCAUGUAUAG